AUGCCGUGCUGGAUUCCGCUGCUCGUGAUCGCAUUCGGGACUGUUCAUGCUGUCACGAUGGAAGCUGUCGAGAUUUUCUCGGGUUCCAAUUGCGCUGGGACGCCAGACGUGUUGGCCAUUUACAAUGUAACCAUGGGUUGUGCCGAGAACGCGUGCAGCAACAUCGACUUUGGCAAUGACACGUACUACAUUAGCCGAACAUGUAACGUCACGGACAGAUUUGCACACACCGAGCAGGUAUUCGGAGACUUCACGUACGUGAUCAUGGAGACAUACGACAACGAAAGCUGCACGUCAUUCGGGGAGGCAGACACGUUCUUGGCAUCAGGGAGCUGCGAGAUCUCGUCCGGAUUCGGAGACCAGUCGGCUAUCACGAGCCUCUUUCCCAAUGGAUCCGCUGUUGUGGUGCUGUAUCCCAAUAAUGCAUGUGGAGGAGAGCCUUCGUUGUACUUUGAACUUGAUAGUACGGCGCUAUCCACAGGCUCGUGUCAGCAAGAUCUGUACAGAUUUUACAGUAGCGAGAGCAAUCCCGCAAGCAUAACAAAUAGCAAGGAAAACGGUAGUGACGGCAACGUUACCGAUAGCUCCGGGACCAUCGAUCGACAGGUGGAGAGUAGCAUGAUUGGGUCUGAGGACGGUUCGAAUGGUUCGGCCAUGGGCACGGGCGUAAUUGUUGGGAUCGUAGCCGCAGGCUUGGUGUUUGUACUCAUCGUGUCCUUGUUGGUCGCUCAUCAUCUUCGCAAAAAACACGAAGGUGAAAUGGAAGAGGAAGAUAAUUUCAACGAGUAUGGAUCACCUCGAAAUGACCAAAAGAAUUCUUCGUUAACAGCCCCAGGAACGAUAGAUUCACAUUUGGAUGAAGGUCAGAGAGGGUCACAAAAGCCGCUUAGUCUCGUUGGCUUAUGGGACGAUGAAGUCAUAGCUACAGCUCGGAUCCCUCGCGAGAAGGUCGUCAUUCUUCGUCACAUCUGUCGGGGAGGUGGCGGUGAGAGGUACGACGACAAGGCGGAUAUGUUCUCGUUCGGUGUUUUGCUGUCUGAAUUGGAUGUGCAUGUACGUCCGUACUCGCACGCGAAGGAGAAUGGAAAAGCUCCAGUUGCCGAUGCUGUCAUUUUGCAGAAGGUUGCUCUAGGUACACUGCAGGUCGAGUUUUCAUCGAGUUCGUUGGAGUCAAUGGUGGAUCUGGGCUUGGCGUGUGUGUCACUGGACCCAACAAAGCGGCCAUCUUCAGCCGAGGCACUCUAUCGGCUACACACGGUCUUAUCACAGGAGCUUUAGCUAUCCAGAUAACCUUACAGCCAGACUAAUCCACACCAAGGACUAAUCAUUUUUUCAGAA